AUGCCAGGAGUUCCCCCCGAUGCUCUCGAUCAGCUGAAGAAAGGCUUCAAAAAAUUCUUCCUGCGCAGAAAGAAGAAGAACGCAACCAAGGAAGAUGAGCAACCCGCGCCGCCUGCUGAAAACAAGCCGGCUGAGACGCCCACCGCGCCUGCGACCGAACCAACCCAAACCUCACCACCUCCUGCCGCUCCAGCGGCUGCUCCAGUAGCUCAGACUCCCGAGGCUACAACCUCGGGUGCCCCGGCCACCGAAGGCGGUGCUCCCGUUCCACAGCCCGCUCAAGCUCCAGAGAACACCACGGCUCCAACCACUGAACCCGCUCCGACACCGCAGCCGCCCACGCAACCUGCAGCAACCGACGCCCCUAAAGAAGCUGCUCCCAAGGAAGAGACUCCUAAGGAAGAGACUCCUAAGGAAGAGACUCCUAAGGAUCCUGCUCCUAAGGAUCCAGCGCCCGAGGAACCGGUCCCCGCGGAACCACCCACACAAGCGUCAGCCGCCCCAACUGAGACUCCCUCUAAGCCCGCGGAGCCCACACCGGCUCCUGAGGCGAAACCUGCUGAAACCCCCGUAGCCACGGAAUCCGCAGCAACUGCACCCGCCAAAGAAGAGGAAAAGCCAGCGCAACCCGAUGCCACGCCGGAAACAAAAGCACCGGCUGAGAGUGAAGCUCCCAAAUAA